AACCUACCAACUUGGCUACGUUCCCAGCCCCCCGCAGUUUGCACAUGUGGAAAAAAUGGGAAUAGUGAGGUUAUUUAUUUGUAAUCACUCUGUGAAUAAGCCAGGGAAGGUGUAUUCUGUGUCAGGUGGGGCCUAACAUUGAAUACCCCCCUCCCCAAUCCAUUAAGAAAGAGCCACACGGAUAAGAAACUGUUGACAUACGGCCACAUGCGUGUAGGCUGAGCACACAGCAUCUACUCUCAAGUGCCAAGAAUACAGGAGCAGUGAGGUCUGUUUCCACUGGGGAAGGUCAUGGUUCCAAGGGCAAGGACCCUAGGUCCUUAUGGGCUCCUAACCCUCUGGGAUAUGAGUCCCCAUUAAAUGCUUUUUAAAAAAUGUCAUCUCAGUCAUGGUGUUUGGUCACAGUAAUAGGAAAGUAAGACAUCUGGGAUACUAAGAAUAGGUGAAAGAACUCAGUGGUGCGGAACAACUGCCAGUCCUGUGGCUUUCCUCCUAGGCCCCUGCAGUCAGCCGGGCCCUGACCUUUGCUUGGCAGCAGGCCCUGGAGAGGAGGGCGGGGCUGGUUGCUAAGGUUUCAGGUGGUGAGGAUCCGGAAGCAGGAAGCAGUGUGAGUUCCCAGGACCUACCUGGCUUCGGGGAGAGGGUGCCACUAGAGGCAGGUGGGGGCACGAGAAGCAGCCUUGCUAGGGAGAGAGGAGGUAGCUGAGAUGGGACUUUCUGCUGAUGAAGUGAAGCAGGAGUUCCAGGCCACCGCGGAGGAAGUACUGGGAAGGCUGAGGAGCCAGCAGCUGUUCCAGUCUGAAUGGGACAUCGCUGCCUUCGUGGUCUUUCUCACAUUCGUGGGCACUGUGGUGUUGUUGUUGUUCCUGGUUGUUGUUCACUGCUGCUGUUGCUGCUGCUGCACCUCCCCCAGGCCCCGGAAGGAAAAGCCCAAGGGUGUGGAUAACUUGGCCCUGGAACCUUAACGCUAGCUUGCCCUUGGCAUGGGUCCUGCUGGAUGACAGUAACAGAGUCAAUGUUUGCCAAA